CAAAGUAGGGUUUUGGUAGCGUUGGGUCUUCUGCAUUGAGCAAGCGAGUUAGGGUUUCGAAUCUAGCAGUUGCAGAGACCAUGACGACGGUGGUGCCAACCUCCGAGGAAGACGCUGCGCUCUCCGUUGUUCGAUUCGCCUCAGAGCUUGCCUGGGCCGAUGCCGGUCCCGAGGUUGCUGAGCCAGAGGUUAGUAAACUCUGCAUGGAGGCUGCAGAAUUCAUUGCUAUGGGAAAGUGGUUGGAGCUAGCAUCAUUGAUGAUUACUUCUGCUGAAUUGAUUUUCUCAAAGGUUUCUGAAAAAGAUAUAGAGUCCAUCUUCACUAUUAUCUGCAAUCUUGUUACAAAGACUGAGAAUCCAGAUGAAGUGAUGGAGAUCAUCAAAGUUAUAACUGCAAAAGUAAUUCAGCAGCCUAAUGAAAAGCCUUCAGUGCGAUUGAAGAUUUUGAUCAAUCUGUAUAAUCUUUUGGAGACUCCAUACUGCCAGUUUUAUGUCUACACGAAGUUAUUGAAUUUAGCAGUUGACGGGAAAGUCACAGAAUAUAUUAUACCUUCAUUCAAAAAGAUUGAUAGCUUCAUGAAAGAUUGGAAAAUUGGAAUACCAGAACAGAGAGAGCUCUUUCUCACUAUCUCUAAUAUUUUGAAGGAAAAUAAAAGUAUGUCAAAGGAUUCUUUUAAGUUCCUGAACAAUUAUCUGGUGACUUUUAAUGGAGAAGAUGCACAUGUUUUGAGUGAAACCAAGGAGGAGGCUGUGCGUGCAAUUGUGGAAUUUGUGAGGGCACCUGACAUAUUUCAAUGUGAGUUACUAGAUUUGCCUGCUGUUGGGCAACUGGAGAAGGAUGCCAAAUAUGCUUUGUUGUAUCAACUUCUCAAGAUUUUUCUUACUCAGAGGCUGGAUGCAUACUUAGAAUACCAUGCUGCAAAUUCCAACUUGUUGAAAAGCUAUGACCUUGUUCAUGAAGAAUGCAUUGCCAAAAUGAGGCUGAUGUCAUUGGUGGAUCUUAGCUCUGACGGAUCUGGCCAAAUUCCUUAUGAACUUAUUAGGGAUACACUUCGGAUUAAUGAUGAUGAGGUUGAACUAUGGGUGGUUAAAGCAAUAACUGCCAAGUUAAUUGACUGUAAGAUGGACCAAAUGAAUCAAGUUGUAGUUGUUAGUCACCAUACUGAUCGUGUGUUUGGUCAGCAACAAUGGCAAACACUGAGAACAAAGCUCGUGACAUGGAGGGGAAACAUUGCGAAUGUUAUUAGUACUAUUCAGGCUAACAAAAUAGCGGAGGAUGGGUCCCAGGCAGCCCAAAAUUUGGUAGUUCGCUGAAGACGUUUUUUUGUCUUAAGUAUCUAUAUUCAAUCCGGUCGAAUUUUUGAAUCCUAAAGAGAGAGAGGAAAAAAUUAUAUUUGUUUCGUCACAAUUUUUGUAUUUCUUUCAGUUGGCAGGUGACUCUAAUUGUACUACCAACUUUGAUAGAGAAGCCAUUUUGAUUGAUGUUUUUCUAUCCCAAUGUUAUGUUGACAAGCCUCACGUUUGUUUCUAGUAUAUUAUGCCUGUGGACUGUAGCCCUGGGAAUCAAUGUACAACUUGUUUAGUUUUAAGUGAACUGUGGCCAUAGAUUCUGUGGCGAC